AAGGAUCAAUGUGUUUUCUUGCAUUAGGAAUGGUUUUAAAAUGUGGACGACAUGAUACAAGACACGAUGCCUGAAAUUGCUGUUGUAUUGUAAAAGCUAGCUUCUUGAUAAACAUGUGCACUGGUGCUGCGGCUGAAUCUCGAGGAAAUAUAAAUGCUGAGCCUGUGACUUCAAAGGUCGGAGAAUACCAUGAAGACAGAAUGGGAACAGCAGAAGCUGGCGAAAUAGCUUGCAACUCUGGCUCAGGCCUUCUUCAACGCCUACAUUAUCACCUCACUCCACUGCUCCCUAACCUUAAAAUCUCUGAGGUGAAGGAAGAGUUGCAAUCUCUUGCAAAGGUUGCAUGUCCUGUAGUAAUGACUGGUCUUAUGAUGUACUCUAGAUCUGCUGUGACCAUGCUCUUCUUAGGUCGCCAAGGGAAAGUAGAGCUAGCAGGAGGCUCACUUGGACUUGGUUUCGCGAACAUCACUGCCAAUUCAAUCCUCAAGGGACUCAACAUGGGAAUGGAUCCCAUUUGUUGCCAAGCUUAUGGAGCCAAGAGAUGGUCAGUUCUCAGCCAAACCUUUUACAGAACACUCUGUCUCCUCCUACUUGUUACCAUCCCCAUUUCACUCUUAUGGCUGAACAUGGAACCUAUCCUUCUAAUGCUAGGUCAAGACCCUCAAGUCACAAAAGUUGCCCAAGUUUACAUGAUCUUCUCUAUCCCAGAGUUGCUAGCUCAAGCUCACCUCAAUCCACUGAGGACUUUCUUGAGAACCCAAGGCAUAACCACCCCAGUUACUAUAACAGCAUGUUGUGCAGCAAUGUUGCACCUCCCCAUCAACUAUUUCUUUGCCACAUACUUGAAUUUAGGGGUGAAGGGAAUUGCAUUAGCCACUGGUUUAAACUCUAUAAACAUAAUUCUAGGUUUGUUGCUUUAUCUUUUUUUCUCAAAGAAACCAAUAAAACCAUGGCAGGGAGCUAGUUUUCUCUCAUCAGCUUUCCAUGGGUGGAGACCAUUGCUGAGCCUAGCAAUUCCUAGCUGCCUUUCUGUGUGCUUGGAGUGGUGGUGGUAUGAGAUCAUGCUCUUUCUUUGUGGCACGUUAAGCAAUCCACAAACCACAGUUGCUACCAUGGGGAUACUCAUUCAAACACUUGGAUUCUUGUAUGCAUUCCCAUUUUCUCUUAGUGCAGCCUUGACAACAAGAAUUGGUCACUCCUUAGGUGCAGGGCAACCCUCCAGAGCGCAAAGCACAGCCAUACUUGGGUUUGUCAUAGCAUUUGCACUUUCCAUCUUAGCCUUGAUUUUGUUGAUUUCUCUGAGGAAGAGCUGGGCAAGACUUUUCACUGAUGAGGCACAAGUUGUUGACAUGGUUGCUACUAUACUUCCAAUUAUGGGGCUGUGUGAAAUUUUCAACUGGCCUCAAACAGCAUCAUGUGGGAUUUUAUCAGGGACAGCACGUCCUUACUUGGGUGCUAGAAUAAACUUGUGUGCAUUUUACCUAAUUGGGUUGCCAGUUUCUGUUUUUGCUACCUUCAUCUACAAAUAUGAAUUGGUGGGGUUGUGGUUUGGAAUGUUAGCAGCACAGUUUUCUUGUGUUUGUAUGAUGGUGUAUGCAUUGAUUCAAACAGAUUGGGGGCAGCAAACUAAGAGAGCAGUGGAGCUAGCUCAGAAAACAACAGAGCAGGAAAAUGUAGAUGAUGAGGAAAGUGGGCUGCUUGAUCCCUGAUAAAAACUAGCAAGCAAUGCUAAGAGCACACUUUUUUUGGAAAAUAGUAUUAUUUAGCGAGUUU